CGGCCGGCUUAAAGAUGUGACCUCAAAUAAACCUAAAAUAAAGCAAAAUUAGACCAGAAUUUCUUAGAUCAUCGAUUUUAAUCUAAUAAUUCCCUCAAAACAAAAUUCCAAUUUCGAGCGAUUAGGGGUUCAGCCAAAACGGACCGCGUCGAAUGGCAGCUCGCGCGCACCGACUCCUCCUCCCCUCUGCCUUCCACCGAAGCGUGAUCCCCGACCCAUCUCUCCACCUUUUACCCCCGUUGCUGAGCACCGCAAUCUGCAGCGGCGGCCGUCGACGCCGCGUUCGCGCCCAAUUAAUCGUGGGAAGAAUGGCGUCUGGUGGCUCCCGAGCCCCUUCCUCGCCCACGCGCAUCACCCUUCCGGGCGGCGACUCCGUCGAGGUCGUAGCCGCCCCCGGCGUCUCCGAUUCUGACCUCAGAAAUGCCAUCAGUUCUUCCCUUUUUAAGCAGUGGUUGAAGAAUAUGCAGAGUGACACUGGCCUUCUAGCGGGAGGGCAUAUGUCUUUAAGACAAGUGUACAUUCAGGGAGUGGAUAUGUUUGGUAGAGGUGUUGGGUUCUUAAAGUUCAAAGCAGAUGUUUUUGAUAAAGAAACACAAGCAAAGAUUCCAGGAAUUGUGUUUGCAAGGGGACCAGCUGUUGCUGUGUUGAUUCUUUUAGAGUCGAGAGGAAAAACUUAUGUUGUUCUUACAGAACAGCCUAGGGUUCCUGUUGGAAAACUCAUUUUGGAACUCCCAGCUGGCAUGAUAGAUGAUGAAGGCGGUGAUGUUGUUGGCACAGCAGUUCGUGAGGUUGAAGAGGAGAUAGGGAUACACUUGAACAAGGAGGAUAUGGUGAAUCUUACAGCAUUUCUUGAUCCUGUAACCGGAUGCAAAGUUUUUCCAUCACCGGGUGGGUGCGACGAGGAACUGAGCCUGUUUCUUUAUAGAGGCCAUGUAGAGGAGGAGAUCAUAAGUGCCCUGCAGGGAAAGGAGAUGGGCCUCCGUGAUCAUGGUGAGCUGAUUAAGGUACAUGUUGUUCCUUACGAUACACUUUGGCGUGUGACUGCUGAUGCAAAAGCUCUAGCUGCAAUUGCCCUAUAUGAAAUGGCGAAGAGGAAUGGCUUUUUGCCUUGAACUGCUCGACUCGAGUAUGCUGUGCAAGUCCAUAUACAAAUUCCCUGAAGCUGCCUUUUGUCAACAUUUCACAUUGGAGAUUUGCUCUCUUUCAUUUAGCCAAUAAAUCUUUGUAUUUGGUGUCACGAAUUGUAUGCAAUUUUUCCUUUGAUAAGCAGUGAAGGUAAUUAGAUGACUUGUCUAUAGGACAUUUUGAGCUACCGGACAGAUUAACCACAUUGUUCAAUUCCAGAUUUGAUGGAGUGACAUAUGUGAGAAAGUAAACAUGUUAUUUUCUUUUGGAAAGACUAAUUUUUUUCGUCUGAUUUGUUAAUGUGUUACCAAAUGUGUUAUCUUUAAUUUUUUUUUAUAUGAAUGAUAAGUGAUGAAAGUCGAUAUUAUUAUGAAGGAUAUUUUUCUUUUUCUGGAUA